GGGGUUUGUGAAUUAGGAAUGAUGGAAAAUUUUCCCGGCGAGAGAGAAAGACAAAGGCAGCAAGCAGUGCAAGAAAGUGACGGAAAAUAGCUUCCCUGGUUGCAGAAGUGAAGACGAAGACGGAAGAGGAGGCGGGCGGAGAGAAAUAACGAGCUCUCAUUCCCAUCAAGCAUUCAAUUCCCUCUCUCUCCCUCGUUCCAUCUCCGUAAACUUCUUCCAUGAGUGCACAAAAACAGCAAAACUAAAACCUAACGGUCCUUCAAGAAGGCCUUCGUUUCUUCUCUUCACGCUUUUUACCUUCCCCAUUUUCUUCCUUUCCAAUCCCACAAUCAUCUCGCCGCCUCCCGCGCUUCCAAUUUCUACAAAAUUUCCUUGUUUGGAUGAUUCACCCUUUGCGAUCGUGCUUUAAAGCGUCGCUGCUGCUGAUUCUUCGUCGCCGGCGAAAUCCAGAGAGAGGGGGAGCAAAUAUAAGAGGAAUGCGAAAUGAGCUCACAGCAACAGCAGCAGCGGCAGGCGAUAGUGAAGGACCUAAUGGAGGAGGCCAAGAAGAGAUUUGUGAUUCUGGCAAUUUGCGUCGUCGGUUUAUCCUAUCUCAUGUCUCUGACAAGCUCCUCUGUGUGGGUCAACUUACCAGCUGCCUCCUUCCUAAUCAUCCUUCUUCGUUAUAUAGCGCUGGAUCUUGAAAUGAGGAGAAAAACUGCAACAUAUGUGAGCAAAUCCUUGCAUUCAAAUGCAUCACCUCAGAAUAGACCACAUGGAUCUUCAAGGAUUGUUCAGAAGUCUCAAUGGAGGAAGAAAGUAAACUCUCCUGUUGUCGAGGAUGCAAUAAAUCACUUCAUGAUGCAUAUUGUGUCUGAAUGGGUAACAGAUCUUUGGUAUGGUCGCUUAACACCUGAUAAAGAGGGACCAGAGGAACUGGUAGUGAUAAUGAAUGGAGUCCUUGGAGAACUCUCUGCCCGUUUGAGAGAUAUAAAUCUUCUCGAUCUUCUAACAAGGGAUCUCAUUAAUCUCAUCUGCGCCCACUUGGUGCUUUUUCGAGCCACUCAAGCAAAGAUUGCACAGAAACAACCCAAUUUUCUGUCCAUUGAACAACGAGACAGGGAGCUAAAACAAGUACUCACUGCUGAAAACAAGCUUCAUCCUGCUUUAUUUUCUCCUGAGGCCGAGCACAAGGUUUUGCAGCAUCUGAUGGAGGGAUUAAUUUCAUCUACAUUUAGGCCAGAAGAUCUAAAAUGCUCAUUCUUCCGUUAUCUUGCGAGGGAGCUGCUUGCUUGUGCAGUGAUGCGACCAGUUUUGAACUUGGCUACUCCAAGGUUCAUAAAUGAAAGGAUUGAAAUUUUUGUAGCUUCCAAGGCUGAUAGGGGGGUUGCUUUGGCGGAAGGAGCAUCCCUUGCUAAACCAAACGAGUCUUUGAGGACCAACGAUCACUCUCCUAGAUUCUUAGAUCCUACUGGUACUGGUGUUGAGCUUGUGCCGUUGAAAACUGAUAACUCCAGAAGUCGGGAUGGUGCACCUGAAACAGAGAAUGGAAAUUCAAUCUAUAUCUCGAAAGAUCCUCUACUUUCUAUUUAUACUAGGACUACACGUUCAUGGAGCUCUUUGCCCUUGCCCCCUCAAGUUAACAGUCAGCUAAAUAGUUCAGGAGGACAAUGGAGUGACAUGCUAGAUGUUAUGUCCCAGAGAAAAAGUACAGCUCUGGCUCCAGAAAAUAUUGAGAACAUGUGGACGAAAGGAAGAAAUUACUAUAAAAAUGCAGGCGGAAAUGGGGUAAUUGAACAAGUACGGCAGAAGCCUUAUUCUACUAAGCCAGUUGUGGUAGAUGAUUCCAGAAAUCAGUCAAACCCCCAGGACAAGGAUGGUGUGACCAAGAAUCAUUCUCCUCUUUCUUCCAAUGCUGUUAAUUCUGUAGUUCUUAGGCAGCCUAGAGUCAAUAAACCUAUCAAUCUUGGAAGUGAGAACAGGUCUAAUUAUUCUAUGCAUGCUUCAUAUUUAGAAGAUGCUGCGGAAAGAGUGAUGAGCGAAGAGGAAGUCAUAUCUGAUUCUGGUAGUGGUAGUCCAUAUAUAUCUGAAGAUGAAGAUGCAACUGAUGUCACUGGCCUUCAUUCGCCUGGGACUAAAGUUUGGGAUGGUAAAAGUAACAGAAAUAUGCCUGUUUCCAACAUUCAUCAUCCUCUUGAAAAUCCACUGGGCCGUGAUUUAAAGAGGCCUAACAAAGAGAAAACUCGACAUCGGAAACUAUCUGGACUGUAUACUGGCAGGAAAAGGUCAAGAUCAAGUACUCCGGGGCAAUAUGUUUGGCAAGAAGUUGAGAGAACGAGUUUCUUGUCUGGGGAUGGCCAGGAUGUACUCGGUGCAAAAGGAUGCACCAGACCUGACGAUUCUACGGAUGAUUCUGAGGUCGAAAGUUUGAGUAGGCUUUCUACUGGAACAGCGGCUUGUUCAUCGACAGCCUCCCUUCCUAAUGUCGAAAUUCAUACCCCUUCUGCAAGUGCUAUGAGAGCAAUGAUGUUAGAUUCUUUCUUUAAGUUGAGAUGCGAGGUAUUGGGUGCUAAUAUUGUGAAGAGUGACUCCAAGACGUUUGCUGUAUAUUCCAUAUCAGUUACUGACGUUAAUGGUAACAGUUGGUCAAUCAAGAGAAGGUUUCGUCAUUUUGAGGAGUUGCAUCGACGUCUUAAAGAGUAUCCAGAGUAUAGCCUUCAUUUGCCACCAAAGCAUUUUCUCUCAACAGGUUUAGAUGAGCCUGUCAUUCAAGAACGUUGUACGUUACUUGACAGAUAUCUCAAGAAGCUGCUUCAAACCCCUAAAAUUUCAGGAUCUAUUGAAAUCUGGGACUUCCUUAGUGUUGAUUCUCAAACAUACAGUUUCUCAAGUUCCUUCUCUAUCAUCGAAACAUUGUCAGUUGACCUUGGGGAUAAGGCAUCUGAAUAUAGUGAGAAGGCUGUAAAUUUUACUGGAACUGCAACAGACCCCUUCAACAGAAAGGACCUGCUAAAAAUGGAGAAGCCUAAUUUUGCACCACCCAACGUCAAGGAGAGUAGGAACAAUGCGCCAAGUUCUAUGCGCAACAGGCUUGGCAAUACUGCAGAAAGGAGUGAAAGCAAUGGCUUGCAGGAAGCAGCGAAGUCGCUUCAUGUAGAUUCUAAUAUUCCUCCUGAGUGGGUGCCACCAAACCUAGCACUCCCUCUCUUAGAUUUGGUUGGUGUCAUCUUCCAGAUGCAAGAAGGUGGAUGGAUCAGGAGGAAAGCAUUUUGGAUGGCUAAACAGGUGUUACAACUGGGAAUGGGGGAUGCUUUGGAUGAUUGGUUGAUAGAGAAAAUCCAGCUCCUUCGUAGAGGUUCUGUCAUUGCUUCAGGGAUCAAGAGGAUUGAGCAGAUACUCUGGCCUGAUGGGAUAUUCAUAACCAAACACCCAAGUCGACGGCCACCAUCUCCUGUUGAUACACCCACUAGCUCCCUUCACAAGGAGAAAAAACUAGUGAAUACUUCUUCACCAAAACCAAGUCCAACUUAUACCCGACAACCCUCAGUUUUGGCUACCCCCCAAUUGAGUGAGGAUCAACAAAGGGAAGCAGAGAGACGUGCCAAGUUUGUUUAUGAACUAAUGAUUGAUAAUGCACCAACUGCAGUAGUAGGUCUUGUUGGCCGAAAAGAGUAUGAGCAGUGUGUCAAAGAUGUAUACUUCUUUAUUCAGUCACCAGUUUGUUUGAAGCAGCUGGCUUAUGAUCUCAUCGAGCUGGUGCUUCUGUCGACAUUUCCAGAGAUGGAUUAUGUGUUCAGGCAAUUGCAUGAAGAAAAGAGCAAAUUUGGGGAGCUUAAAGCAGAGUGAGUCCCCAUUCAGUGUGGAGAACAGCUUGAGGUAUUCUUCACGUACAGUGGGAUUGAUGCUUGCAUACCUCCUGAAGCCAGCUUGGCUUUCAUCGUGUGGUCGCUCUCUGCAGCUUGAUCCUAGUCCUCGCUAGGAGUUUUUGCCAAUCGGAACAUCACCUCUUUUUACCUUCUUAUACGAAUACACAAUUGUAACACAACUUGAGUGAAUUUUGUGUACAUUUGUGAGAAGAAAAGAGUAGAGAUUUAGUGUAAAGCUAAUAGUGAUACACAGCCCCUUUCAUUCUUUCCAUUGUCGUGGUGAUAACAAUUUAAACCUUCAUACAGCAGGUCCCUCGACAAAGGCAAUGGUAAAAAUUUACAUCAUUCACGUAGGAAGGCAAUGGUAAAAAUUUACAUCAUUCACGUCUGAGACUUCAGCGCAACUCUGAUGACCUAUUUUAAAUACAUUUAUUAGCUUAGC